CCUCGCUCUCGCUCUGGUACUCCAGAGCAACAACCAAGUAAAAAACAGAAUACUUUACAGACUACUAAACCUGAAAGAAAGGGUAAAGAAGUUUUAAUAGAUGAAACAACUCUAGUUGUCACUUCUGAACAAGCACUCAUAAACGUUAAUGAUACUAACGAUGCCUCAGAAAUUUUUUGA